AUGCCCUCGGCAGAACCAUCAUGGCCGGAGCGCCAGACUGCCAUCAUCGCCAAUGCAACUGGCGAUCUCGUCGUGUCGCAAGAUGUACAGCUGCCAGAAUUGGAGCCGGAUAUGCUCAUCGUCAAGACCGUGGCCGUCGCGGUUAACCCGUGCGAUAUGAAGAUGACAGGUUCAAUGGGUAUUAAAGGUGCCAUUUCAGGCGGUGAUUGUGCUGGUAUUGUCAUUGCCAUUGGCUCUGAGGUGCCUGAGGGGAGAUUCGCCGUUGGGGAUCGUGUCUGCGCAGCAGUCCACUCCAUGAACCCACUUCUACCUCGAGUUGGCGCAUUUGCGCAAUACGUCGGCGCAACCGCCGACUUCACACUCAAGAUUCCUGAUGACAUGACAUUUGAAGAGGCAUCGACUCUGGGAAUCAGUACUGCCACCAUCGGCUAUGCUUUGUUCAAGUCAUUGAACGUUCCAGGCCACCCCGACAAGCCAGCUAUGAAGCCAGCUUACGUCCUAGUCUACGGAGGCAGCACUGCGACAGGAACAAUCGCCAUCCAGCUGAUCCGCCGGUAUGAAAGGCCCUUCAAGUUCCAUAGUAUAUCAUGUGUGCAAAUCUCUGACAAUACCUGUUUGAAUAGCUCGGGUCUGAUCCCCAUCACCACCUGCUCGCCGAAGAACUUCCCGCUCGUAGAACGAAGUGGCGCUGAAAAGGCAUUUGACUACCACGACCCCAAUAUUGUGAAGGAGAUCAAAGCGUACACUAAGAACGCCCUUCAAUAUUCGUUGGACUGCUUUUGCGACAGCGCCAGCAUGCGUUUCUGCUACGCCGUGCUAGGGCGGGCUGGCGGGCGCUACACCACGCUGGAGUACUACAACCCAGAGCUACAUACUCGCAAAACAGUCAAGCCGGACUGGAUCCUCGGAAUGGCACUAUUUGGUAAGAGAAUUGGCUGGAAGGAGCCAUAUAAUCUGGAGGGUGAUCCGGAAUUGCGCACCUUUGGAAAAGACUGGUUCAUGACCGUCCAGCGCAUGUUGGAUGCCGGCGAGAUCAAGCCGCAUCCCACUAAGCUGGGCGGGACAACUUUCGAACAUGUCAUUGAGGGUGUGGAUCUGCUCAGGAAAAAGGCAGUUUCCGGACAUAAGCUUGUGUAUCAUAUUGCAGACCCUUGA